AUGGCUGCAUUGAAUUCAAGUGAAACUGUUCGCGUUAUCGUACGCUGUCGACCAAUGAAUCAACGUGAAAUAGAUUUAAAAUCUCAAACAAUAAUUACAAUGAGUACGCAAUUAAAUCAUGUUAUGUUAGAACAUAUUGAACAAAAUAAUGAGCCACCAAAACAAUUCACUUUCGAUGCAGUCUAUCCAGUGGAUUCUAUAACGGAAAAUAUCUAUGCUGAUUCGGUUUUCCCAUUAGUUGAAAGUGUUCUCGAAGGAUACAAUGCAACAGUAUUUGCUUAUGGACAAACAGGCUGUGGAAAAUCAUUUACUAUGCAAGGAAUUAAUACGCCUGGAUCUCUACAACGUGGUGUUAUACCGCGAUCGUUUGAACAUAUAUUCGAAGCAUCGUCAGUUGCAGCUGGUACCAAAUAUCUUAUUCGUGCAUCAUAUCUUGAAAUUUAUAAUGAAAGUAUUCGUGACUUACUGGGUAAAGAUGUUAAAGCAAUGCUGGAUCUCAAAGAAUAUGCAGAUAAAGGCGUACAAGUACCAAAUCUAUCAUGGCAUCAAUGUACCAGUGUAGUCGAAUGUGAACGAUUGAUGGAUAAAGGCAAUAAAAAUCGUGCGACCGGUGCUACAUUAAUGAAUAAGGAUUCAUCGCGAUCUCAUUCUAUUUUUACUAUUCUUACGGAAAUGUGUACUCGAAGUGAACUCGAUGGAAAAGAUCAUAUUCGAGCAGGAAAACUUAAUCUAGUUGAUUUAGCUGGCAGUGAGCGACAGUCAAAAACUCAUGCCGAAGGUGAACGUUUACGUGAAGCUACUCGAAUUAAUUUAUCACUUAGUGCAUUGGGUAAUGUUAUUUCUGCGUUGGUCGAUAGUCAUUCAAAACAUAUACCUUAUCGAGAUUCAAAAUUAACACGUCUUCUACAAGAUUCGCUUGGUGGCAAUACAAAAACUUUGAUGAUUGCAGCCAUUAGUCCAGCUCAUGAUAAUUAUGAGGAAACACUUUCAACAUUACGAUAUGCAAAUCGGGCAAAAAAUAUUAAAAAUAAACCUCACAUCAAUGAAGAUCCACGUGAUGCACAAAUGAAACUAUUACAAGAAGAAAUAAAUCGUCUUAAACAAGAACUUAUUAAUACGGGUGGUGUGACUCGUGGAGGCAAUCAAUUAUUAGCAUUCGAUGGAACAGGAUCAAAGUUCGAUCAUGAAGAAGAAAUCGAAAGAGAAAAAGAAAGACUACGUGCGGAAUUCGAACGUGAAGCAUCUGAAUUACGUCGACAAUGCCAAGAAGAACGUUUGACAAAAGAAGAAUUACAGCGAAAAUAUGAUGGUCUAAAAGGAGACUAUGACACUCAAAUAGACGCACUAGGUCAUCAUAGAAAUAGCCAAGGAGAUCAACAAUCAUUCAAUAAUGAUCGUAAUAAUAGUAAAAAGAAAAAUAAUGCUAAUAAACAAAAACGUGAUGGACAAAUGCCAGUCAAUGAUCAAUAUGAAAAUGGUGAUACUAUGUCAGUGCCAAUGGAUGAAAUGGAUCCACAAGAAAAACUCGAACGUUUACAAGAAUUAGAAAACAAACUUAUCGGUGGCGAAGAAUUAAAUAAUGAAGAGAGAAAAAAGAAACGAAAAAAGAAACUAAACGAAAUGCGUGAAAAACAAGAACAAAAAAAACGUUUUACUAGAGCCAUCGAUACGAAUAAUGAGGAUAUGAUGAUGAGAGUAUUCGAUAAUGCUCAAGAAGAGUUUUAUGUUACAUCAAAAAAAUUGGAACAAUCACUCACAGAAAAUAAACGUUUAAAAAUAGAUAACGAUGAUUUACAACAUGAAUUUGAACGUGACCGACAAGGAUAUUUAAAUACAAUACGUGCACAAGAAAAACAAUUGCUUCUUUAUCGUACAAUGCUUGAGAAAAUGUCUAGUACCUUGCAACGUAAUUGUAAUUAUUCAAAUAUUGAUAAAAUUAUAGAACAAGCUCGUUAUGAUGAAGAACGAAAUGAAUAUAUUGUGCCAGAUCCAAUGAAAGAAGAAGUACAAUUUCCUCAAGUUGGAAAUUUACCAACGACAAAUGGACGUACGCAUCAAAAUGAUUUUGUUUCAUCGUCAAAAACUGCAUUACCACCAUCAACUGAUUAUGAAUGUGAUUAUACAAUACCGUCUCAGAUAAAUAAUGAUUAUCAUAAUCAAAUAUCAAAUAUGAACGCUGCAGAACUAGAACAACGUUAUGGGCGAAAUGUUGACAAAUCAAAUGUAUCAUUAGGACGAACACUUAAUAAACGACAAGAACAAUUAUUAAAUCAAAGUACGAAAUUACGCCCAUUACAAAUGAACAAUACAGACGAUGAUUAUAUGAAUCGUCGUCUUAAUCCAUUUGAAGUGCCAGCACGAUUAACACGUAAAUAUGGUUUUACAACAGACAAACAAUAG